AUGGUGCUGACCAGAUGCAGCUGGCUCCUCCUCAGUGCCGCUUUCCUGAGCGCGGGGGCCGAGAUCACUAUCGCCCCCGAGCCUGCCCAGCCAGCCGAGGGCGACAACGUCACACUGGCUGUCCAAGGGCUUUCAGGGGAGCUGCUUGCCUACAACUGGUAUGCGGGGCCCACGCUCAGUGUGUCUUACCUGGUGGCCAGCUACAUCGUAAGCACAGGCGAUGAGACCCCUGGCCCGGCCCACACGGGGCGGGAAGCUGUGCGCCCCGACGGCAGCCUGGCCAUCCAGGGCGCCCUGCCCGGGCACUCGGGCACCUACAUCCUGCAGACUCUCAACAGGCAAUUUCAGACGGAGGUGGGCUACGGACAAUUGCAGGUCUAUGAGAUCCUGGCCCAGCCUGUGGUCAUGACCAAUGGCACGGCAUUGGUGGAGCGCCGGGACACCCUGCACCUGACAUGCAGCAGCCCCAGCCCCGCCGAGGUCCGCUGGUUUUUCAACGGCGACACCCUGCCCAUCGCCCUCCGCCUCGGCCUGUCCGCUGACGGCCGGGUGCUGACCCGGCACGGCAUCCGCAGGGAGGAGGCCGGAGCCUACCAGUGUGAGGUCUGGAACCCGGUCAGUGUCAGCCGCAGCGAGCCCAUCAACCUGACCGUGUACUUUGGCCCAGAACGCGUGGCCAUCCUCCAGGAUUCCACCACCCGCACGGGCUGCACCAUCAAAGUCGACUUCAACACAUCUCUCACGCUGUGGUGCGUGUCCCGGUCCUGCCCGGAGCCUGAGUACAUGUGGGCCUUCAACGGGCGGGCCUUAAAGAAUGGCCGAGACCACCUCAACAUCAGUAGCAUGACGGCAGCCCAGGAGGGCACGUACACGUGUAUUGCUAAGAACCCCAAGACCCUGCUUUCUGGAUCUGCCUCAGUGGUGGUCAAACUCUCUGCGGCCGUGGUCGCCAUGACAAUCGUGCCGGUGCCGACCAGGCCGAUGGAGGGCCAGGACGUGACACUGACCGUACAGGGCUACCCCAAGGAUCUGCUGGUCUAUGCCUGGUACCGCGGGCCUGCCUCCGAGCCCAAUCGGCUGCUCAGCCAACUGCCAUCGGGGAACUGGAUCGCAGGCCCCGCGCACACAGGCCGGGAGGUGGGCUUCGCCAACUGCUCGCUGCUGGUGCAAAAGCUGAACCUCACCGACGCCGGCCGCUACACACUCAAGACCGUCACGCUGCAGGGCAAGACUGAGACGCUGGAAGUGGAGCUGCAGGUGGCCCGCAAAGCCCCUAACCUCUCUGUGCCUCCGGUGAAGGAGGAGGGAUUCGGGGAGGAGGGCAAGAGACGGAUUUUUGAGGCUGACGUGAAAGGGGAGUGUGUGGGCAGGAGGGCAGGAAUAGCUUUCUCAAGAUCCAUCCGUGUGUGUGGGGAGGACGAGGCGGGAAGAGGCCGGAAGGGUGAGCGGAAGCGAUGGGAAUCAGGUGGCUGCCAGAGCCGCACGGAGAAGCAGGUCCCCAAAGCCUUCCGCUCCGCCUCCGGUAACUCCGUGACCGGCACUCAACCCCAGCGACGGCCCCGCCUCCAGGGAAAUCCGGGAAAGCCCCGCGCGACUGGGGCCCCUCCCCGGGGCGGGGAGAAGGACGGCCGGGGAGGGGACACGGGAGAAGCCCGCCUCUGCUCUUCCCUCCCCCCCUUACCCAACCCUGCCCAGCCGCCCGCAGCUCCUGCCUGCCUCUGA